CAGCAUUUACAAGAAGAGCGCAUACGGCAGAGACAUGCAUGCACAAGGCAGAAUCCGGAACAGCUUCGGCGAAGUAUGUUUGAAGUGCUCCCACAGGACGAUUCGGCAGUUCGAAGGCAACAGCUACAAAUGGAACGCCGUGGAAUGCAGGAACGUCAAGAGCAGCUUUUUAGACAGGGCUGGGUUGAGCCUCACUGGCAAACUACUCAACAAGCACCAAUUUCAACCGUUCUGCAGCAACCCGAAUUACCUGCGGUGUCCGGUUACAGCGAUUAUUACAUGUCGGGCCAAACAAUUGGUAGCGGCCUUGGCAGUUCUGCCUAUUAUGCCCACAAUAGACAUAUUUCGAACGACUCGGCUGUUGAUAACACAAUGGAAAUUGAUUACGUCACUGCAAGUACUGUUGGUAUGGUUCCGCUGCAAACUUCGCACGAAAUUGACCCAAAUCUUGUCAGAGAUUUGAAUGCACAGGAUUUGAAUCCACGUGAUUUUGAUCAAUAUCUCCAGCUAAACGAUAACCGCUCGUCUGCAGCUGCUGCUAAACCAUACAUGUAA